AGUGUGGCCCCAGAAGUGCCACCUGUCAGUGCCCAUCAGUGCCACGUGCCAGUGCCCAUCAGUGCCACCCAUCAGUGCCAGUCAGUGCCACCUAUCAAUGCCAAUCAGUGCCACCUAUCAGUGCCAGUCAGUGCCGCCAAACAGUGCCAGUCAGUGCCGCCUAACAGUGCCAUGUAUCAGUGCCAUGUAUCAGUGCCAUUGUCAUGCAUCAGUGCUGCCUUUCAGUGCCCAUCAGUGAUGCCUGUUAAUGUCCAUCAGUGC